CCCUGCAGAUCCAACAAUCCUUCUUCCUCCCCAUCCCCAUCCCCAUUAUCGAUUCCAUUAUGGACUCCAACAAGUCUUUUAUCCUCUUCACAACUCUCUUACUGCUCACUUUCAUCAAUAACAUCAUCGAAGCCAAGAACAACAACAACAGCCACCACCACCACCACCCAACCUCUUCCUCCUCCAAUCCUCGACUCCAGCAAGCUUACAUAGCCCUCCAGGCCUGGAAAAAGGUUAUCUACUCCGACCCAAGAAAUCUCACGUCCAACUGGAUCGGUCCUUCUGUUUGCAACUACACCGGCAUCUACUGUGCUCCCCUGCCAAACAAAACAAGCCUCAUCACCGUCGCCGGCAUCGAUCUCAACCACGGAGACAUCGCCGGAUUCCUCCCCAACGAGCUCGGCCUCCUCACCGACCUCUCCCUAAUCCACCUCAACAGCAAUCGCUUUUGCGGCAUCCUCCCUCUUACUCUCUCCAACCUCACUCUCUUAUUCGAACUCGAUCUCAGCAACAACAGAUUCGUCGGCCCUUUCCCUCAAGUAGUCCUCUCAAUCCCCACCCUCAAAUACCUCGAUCUCCGCUUCAACGAUUUCGAAGGCCAAGUUCCCCCUCAGGCCUUCAGCCAGAAAUACGACGCCAUAAUCCUCAACAACAACCGUUUCACUUCCGCCAUCCCCUCCACCUUGGGAGCAAGCACCGCCUCGGUCGUCGUCAUCGCCAACAACAACUUCGGCGGCUGUCUUCCCGCGAGCAUAGCCAAUCUCGCCAACUCUCUCGAAGAGCUGCUCUUAAGCAACACGAGAUUGACCGGAUGCUUGCCUCCUGAGGUGGGAUUUCUCUACAAGUUAAGGGUUCUUGAUGUCAGCUUCAACAAAAUGGUGGGUGAAAUCCCGUAUAGCUUGGCAGGACUGGGGCAUUUGGAGCAGCUCAAUCUAGGUCACAACAUGUUCACUGGGGAUGUGACUGAAGGGCUCUGCAUUCUUCCGAAUCUGAAGAAUGUUACCCUCUCAUACAAUUUCUUCUGUGAAGAAGAGGGAAUCUGCUCCAAUCUCACGACGACGUCGAGAGGGGUCACGUUCGACGACCGGAGAAACUGUCUGCCGAAGAAGCCUGCACAGAGGAGCAAGAAGGCAUGCGACGCUGUUCUUCAGCAUCCGGUCGACUGUCUCAACUACAGUUGCGGCGGCGGCGGCGGCUCUCAUGCAUAAAAAUCAAAUCAAAUCAAAUCAAAUAUAUAAGCUAGU